UCCUAUCUAGAUCCAGUGUUUGGUUUGUCCAUUCAGGGCUACUGUAGACAUAUGGCGGUGCAACACAGCGAUCUCUAUAGACGUGGACCUGUUUUCUACGUAGAAAUAAACACCUCAUUUGAAGAUAAAAACACAGCAAUUCUUAUUUAAAGGCCAUUAUACAAUAAAGAAAACAUUAAUUUUCUGUCAGUAUACCCCCCUAAAUCCUACACGCUGACCCUUUAAUGUGUGAAUUACUUUCAUUUUGCAGCCGGUUUUAUAUGCGGCUUAUAAAUUUAGCCCUGCAAACUACUGUCAACUUAAUUUCCUGCUUAUGUGUGUUUUCCCACCUUUAAGAUCGUCUGCCCGCAGUCACCUGUGCCUCGUUCACACUCUCCCUCCCUCCUCCUGUGCUCUGCUUUCUCCUGUGUUCCCUGUUUUCUAACGUUCGUGCUCUUUUUAAUUGCUUUCUGGCUGUUUAUGGACUCCCUGUUCUCACUUUAUUUUCAUUAUUAAACCUUUAAACUCAUUUUGGUGCCAGAUUAUCCGGUUCAUCUGUGUUUGUCCUUUUCCUGCUACAUCUCCCACCUGGUCACCAGCCAAAGCAAGUGUCAACAAAAAUAUGCACAGCGAUGUUGGGUGUCCUCGUCCUUCUGUCCCUCGUCUCCCUGGUGGCCUCGGUGCCUCCUCCGAGUGCUCCUCCGGUCCCCUGCAGGCGGUGCUGUGAUCCUCUGGAGCCAGCAGAGGGCAGCGGAGCCCAGCCUCCCACUGGAGGGUUCAGCCACGUGCCAGAGAUCCGGACCUACAUCAACAUGACGAUCCUCAAAGGUGACAAAGGAGAUCGUGGCGACAGAGGAACUCCAGGUAAAGCUGGACCAGAGGGCCCUUCAGGCUCCAGAGGCCCCAUGGGCUCUAAGGGCUCUAAGGGCCAGGCGGGUCUCCCAGGUGACCCCUGCAAGGUCCAAUACUCCGCCUUCUCUGUCGGCCGCCGCAAAUCCCUCCACAGCCUGGAGUCCUACCAGGGACUCGUGUUUGACACGGUCUUCGUCAACCUCGACGACCACUUCGACAUGUUCAGUGGGAAAUUCCUCUGCCACGUCCCGGGGAUCUACUUCUUCAACAUCAACAUCCACACGUGGAACUUCAAAGAGACAUAUCUGCACAUCAUGCACAACAACACUGAGCAGGCCAUCGUGUACGCCCAGCCCAGCGACCGCUCCAUCAUGCAGAGUCAGAGCGUGAUGCUGGAGCUGGAGCUGAAGGACGAGGUGUGGGUGCGCCUGUACAAGAGGGAGAGGGAGAACGCAAUUUACAGCGACGACGUAGAUGUCUAUAUCACUUUCAAUGGAUACCUCAUCAAAGGUAGCGCAGAGGGGAAGUGAAAAAGAAAGGAAAGGCAAAGCCGAGGAUGAGACUGCUGAGCUCAGCUGGAUGGGAAGCAAACAAAUUGAACUGAUGUGGCAGCAGAACGCAAUUCACUGUAAAGAAAAAAAAAGCUCUUUCUUCUCCUAGUAUACUUAGAUCGAAAGAGACUCAGUGGUGCUAAAAUCAACAGUUGUCACACAAUCAGCAGUACCUCUUUGAGAAAAUGUGUUCUCAGCUUAAUAAAAAACAAAGAAAAAUCUAGAGAGUAAAGACAGCAGAUUAAUUAACACAAGUCACAAGAACAUGCAUGAUUCCAUUAAAGGAAUAAUUCAACUUUUUUGCGAAAUAUGCUGAUUGGUUUUCUUGUCAAGAGUUAGAUGAGGAGAUUGAGAUUACUCUGACUUCUGUGGGGUAAAUUUGUAGCUGUAACCAGCAAUUUUGGUUAAUAUUAAGCAUUGAAAUGGCAAACCAGUGGCAAUCCAGGACUCUGGGGGCCCCAGUCAAAGAAGGCCAUGGUGGUUACUGAAAAUCAUAACUUAUGUAUGACAUUUACAAGAAGCUAGCUUGCCUUCCUAACUAGCAGUAUCAGGGUAUCAUAUGGUAUCUAGGAGGGUUUUGGAGGCACUGGUGGUGCACAAGUGUAGUUUCUUUAUGGUUGGUGUAAGGGGGUUUAUAGUUGUCAUUGCAAAAUGUGCCAAUAUGAGUGGUCAUCGGGGACCCCUUUUCCUAAUUUUCUGAGUGGAAACGUGUCUGGUUUUUCUCUCCUGACAGUGCGCCCCUGGUCAAAACAACUCGUCUGCGUCUUCCCAAAGGUAAAAAGAAUCUCCCUACCAACACCUCUGUAUCUCAGGAAUUAUUUAGUUACAUCUCGCCUGCUAAAUUCAUAUAAAACUGAAAUUCAAAGUCAACAUUUUGUCGUUUGACGAGGGGAUAUGUGUGGUCCAGGAGCAGAAACAGCUUAAAAUUUUACACUUUAGUUUUGCGCGAAUUAAACAAACAAGUUUGUUCUGUUAUUUAGUUCUAAUUGUUCUCACAAUAACUGAGAUUUAGAGAAGCAGGUUGGUGAUUACGUAGACUCCCCUGUUUCCAGUCUUUAUGCUAAGCUAAAGUCACCGCCUGGUGGCUGUAAGUUCGUAUUCAGUGUUUCAACAUUAGAGUUGUAUCAUUUUUCUCAUCUAACUCUCAACAAAAAAAACCCAAAAAACAAUAAAUGUGUUUCCCAAGAUGCAACGCAUGAACUGCUAAUGCUCUUUUGUCAGUCUUUAAAGGUCCAGUAUGCAGGAUUUAGUGCCAUCUAGUGGUGAGGCUGCAGAUUGCAACCAACUGAACAUCUUCUGUGUGCCAAGGGUGAAGCAGAAUUUCACACAAAAAUAUGAAUGGCCCUAUCAAGAGCGAGUUUAUGAUUUGUCCAUUCUGGGCUACUGUAGAAACAACAUGGCAGACAUGGCGGUGGAUGAGGAAUCGCUCAAUAAAUCAAUAUAAGGUAACAAAAACGCCAUGAUUCUUAGUCGCUGGGGAUUAUAAAUUUAAGAAAACAUAGUUAAUUCAGUCUUAUAUCCUUCUAAAUCUUACAUACUGGACCUCUAAUGUGUAAAACUGGAUGGAUUAAAAAAUUAUAGUAUUUUAGGAGAGAUUAAGCCCACAGAGCAAUUGAUUGAUCAAUGACAAAAAAAUUAAAAAAUUUAAAGAUGUCUGCUAUUAAAUAUUCUCACUCUGUAAUCAAGAAACAAAACAAUGGCUCAUGUAAUGUGUGGUGCUAAAACAUGGUGCUAACUUUGUUGUGUAUGCAUUUGAGUUUGUGAAAUUGCCGGAAGAAAAAUAAGAUUUAAUGUAUUGGAUUAACUUCUGAUAUUUUAUUUACUGAAUUAUGUUUGCUUUAAAGAAUUUGGCUGUGUUUUGACAGCAGUUUGUCACAGUGCACCUGCAGACAGACGCAGAGCACAAAGUGAGACAGCAAGUCGCGGAGGCUGCAGGGCUGCGCUCUUCCUCACCUUCUCUGCUGUGAACGUGUUAUUUCCAUCUGAGCUCACGCCUCCGCCCUCUCUGUCUCUCUCUGUCUCUCUUUCUCUCUCUCUCUCGCUUUCUUUCUAUCUUUUAUCUGAGGCAGUAGGGGCCACAGUGCGCUCUUCACUCACCCUACUUUCAAAGUCAUCUCUCUUCUGGAUAAAUGGAGACAACCUGAGCCUCUGUUUUGGAUUAAUGCUGAACCAACCGGUUUAAAGACAAAAACAAAACAAACCGUCGGACCUUGGCCAAGUUUUAUCUCCCUUUAGACAACUCCCCGCAUCUCAGGUAGGCAAAACAACUCGAAUCAUAUCCCUUGUGUUUACGCAUGUUGGCGAAUAUGUUCAUUUAUAGAGAAAUGUGAUGGUAAAGUGGCCGAACAGGCUUGUAAACGUGCGCCACUUUGAAUGAGAACAAAAUGAGAUGCCGAGAAGUUAUAUUACGCCCAGUUUCACCGCAGCAGUCACUCUGUGCGAGUAAAACACACAUCUGUCCGAGUCUCUCAGACUCUCAGAGGAACUUCAUCAACUUGGACGUUUCUCCUUUAAAAGUUGUUAAGGUGCAAACGCUGAAUAGUGUGUGCGUAAAAUCCUCUCCGAAAAUCAGUUUCGCACCUGCACUCUGUGUAUCUGAAUGUUGUUUAUCUGCAGAUCAUGUGGUUAAUGAACGCUGUGUUCUCUUCACUGACAUGUUUUUGGCUUGCAAAUGAAAGAAUUUAUUAGUUCCGUAACAUAAAACCUGGACUCUUGUCAUCUCCGAGUCAUUAUCUGGCAUCAUCCAAAUGUUUGGGAUUCCUGUAGCAGGUGCAGAAGACAAUGGGAUCCAGUGAGGGAGAACACACAGAUUAUGUGCACUCACACUAUUGCAUUUUGCUUAUUCAUUGUGACUGUAUUGAUCAAAUAUUUUCAAAUGUCACUGUUUAGCUGAAAUAUAUUGUAACAUACAUAAUAGUGAUGUGAUACCUUUUAACAAAAAGAUUAACUUUAAAAUUCUGGACAAGAACAAAUUUCCAUUACACCUUACAAUCAGUGUGUAUUAGAGGUGCAAUUAAUGAUUAUUUUCAUUGCUGGUUAUUUUCCCUGUUAAUCGAUUAGUUGUGUGGUAAAAUGUAACAAAAUGGUGAAAAAUGCUUCCUAAAGUCCUCAAAUGCCUUCUCUUGUCCACCCAAAGAUAUCUAGUUUACUGUCAUAGAGGAGGAAAAAAAACCAGAAAAAAAUCUAAUUUAUCAAACUGGAAUCAGAGAAUUUUGACUCUUUCUGGAAAAAAAAAUACUUAAACUGAUUAAUUGAUGAUCAAAUUCGUUUGUCAAAUAAUGUAAUAGUUGGUGAGUCCAGAGAGCUCAUUCAAAACAAUGAAAAGGUACAUCUCAAGUCUUUAAGUCAAGGAGGACAUUUCACUUAUUUAUUUGGCUCACAUCACUAACAUCAAUGGGUUUUUUUGAAUAACCUAUUUUUUCAGUAUGAUAUUGAAGUAAGCUGCCUCUUUUCUUUAUUUAAAAUGAUGUAUAUUAUAUAAAGUGCAUAUAUCAGCCUUCAAA